UAAUGACAUAUCUGAUGUGCCCUAUGUAUUAAUAUGAAAAAGAUGGACAGAUGUAUUCUCUUUUUCAAUGCAUAAUACUAAAAGAUUAUUUCACAUAUUUAGGUGUGUCUUAACAUUAACAAGAUGUCUGGGUUCCGACAUUCUCUUCUGAGCUUCGGUAUUUUAGGAUACAUCUUUUUCCAGGGUUUGUGGGCUUGGCAUGUAAAGAUACCGAGACAUAUCAAAGGAUUGUCGGGUUCCUGCCUUGUCAUCCCUUGCACCUUUGACUACUACGAGUAUCCGCCUCUAAGACCAGAUCGUGUGGUUUGGUAUCAGUACAAAAACAAGGGAUACCCGUUAGUUUAUGACAAUUGGUACAAAGAUGACGUCAUUAGCAUAUUCAAAGAAAGAACGCGUGUAUUUACUUCUGAAUACAAGAAGACAUGCACUCUUGAAAUCUAUCCAGUAAAUCAGUAUCACCACCAACAGAAGCUUUACCCAUGGGUAGAUCCAGAGAAUGUUGGGAAAACCACCUUCAGAUUCUAUGAUACAACUGUGACAAUUGAAGUAGUGGACUGGGCAGCAACACCGCAUAUUAUGAUCUCUGGAAGCAUGAAGGUUGGACAGUCUGUGACCGUGCAGUGCUAUGUUUAUCACACCUGUUCCACUUCUCCACCAACUCUAAGUCUCAACAUCCCACUGCAAAGCCACAGUCUAGCUCAUGUCUCCAUGACUGAUGGCACAUCCAGAACCACCUUGACCACCACAUUGAACAUAGAGAGGGACCACCAAACUGUGGAGUGCUCCGUCCGACACCUGGGCGGUCAAACUGCAAGAGCUACUAAACCUUUGACUGCAGAAUGCUCCUUUCUCCCCUUGAUUAUCAGUCAGACAUCAGACGAAUUUCUUGAGGGACAGCCAAGAACAGUCACCUGCACUGCCUCAUACACGUGCUCAAAACAUUUACCAACUCUCUCAUGGAACUAUGGUAACAUGCCAACCACAACUGAAAACAGCAAGAGUGGAAUCGCUAGCUGGAGGACUGUCUCCACUCUGACAUUCACAGCAUCAUCCAACGACCACGGACAAUCUCUGACAUGCGAUGCACAAUUUAUCGGGGGGCAGAUGCAGGAAAAGAGCAUCACCUUACGUGUGAAGAGAAACAUGCUCUCUCUCGGCUGGUCUUUCACCACGCCCAACAGCAUCACUGGCAUGAAAGGUUCAUGUAUUGUCAUUCCUUGCACGUUCACCUACAGUAUCUCCCAGCCUGCAGACCUCAAAGUUGCAUGGUACUUGUACCAAAGCAAUGGGUACCCGUCUGUAUAUGAAGAAAGAAGGAAUGUUAUUAGUAAAUAUCAGGGCAUAACCAGCUUGAUUCCAUCUGUGCGGGAAGGGAAUUGUAGUCUUAAGAUCGAGAGGCUUGACAUGUCGCACAACCAGGACCGACUUUACCCAUGGGUAGACAAGAACCCCAUCACCUCGUACCACAGCCUGGGUCACUCGUUUAAUGACAAAACCUGUCAACUUAUUGUUUCAGAUCAAGCACAGGAACCGCAGUUGAGCAUCAUUGGUAUCCCCAGGGUGGGAGAGGAGAGCACAAUAACCUGCAGUGUGCGCCAUACAUGUGCCUCUGCUCCCCCCGAACUGACCCUAAAUGGCAUACCUGGAACAGAUGUCAUUAGGGACACUCUAGUAUCUGAUGGGGUUUGGGAAAGGACUGUUGAGCAUACUUGGGCUGUAAAAGAGGAAGAUCAGAGUGUGAGGUGUACUGUGAGGUACCGUGGUGGCCAGGAGGCCACAAGUGAACUCAAGCUAAAUGUUGAAUGUCCAUAUGACCAAAUCACAAUGACUGAGCGGCUAAUCGAGGCGACGGAGGGUGUGGCAAAGAGUGUCAUCUGUUCUGUUUCCUACAAGUGUAGGAAAAAUAAACCGAGCAUUGGGUGGAAUUUUGAAGACUUGCAGAGUAAUCUCAAAACCAAAUUCAUCUCCAACAAGACCUAUGAGACUUUGUCAAAUCUAACCUUUAUUGGUUCUCUUGGGGACAAUGGUAAACCUCUGACCUGCACUGCUUCAUUUCUUACUGGGGAGACUUCAGAAUCUGCCAUCCUUCACAUAAAAAAAUAUGAGAGACCAAUUGAUCCACAUGAAAAUGACACGCUCUACGUUCAGGCUGUAAAAGUCCCUUUCAGAUUCAAUGCACUGACCCGCUCCUGCGUGGUGAUUCCCUGCAGCCUCCCGUACCAAGAUGUGCCUAUCACACGUGGCAUCUGGUCAAAAACUGGGGAUACCAUCUACCAUAAUGCCCAGAGCAAAGUGAUUGACCAUUUCAAGGGCCGCACCAAAAUGAAAAAAGAUCUGAGUCACGGAGACUGCUCAUUAGAGAUUGAUGACAUCAAGCCUUUUGACAACGGGCCCUUUUGUUUCCAUGCAGAGAUAGGACAUGGGAGACACAAAUACAACAAUAGCUGUGUAUUUAUUGUUAUGAAAGCAUCCCCAGAAAAACCUGUGAUGACCCCCGUUCCAGCAGAAGUGGAUGCAGGCUUAACAAUUAAUGUCUCGUGCUCUGUGGCCCACACAUGUGCGUCACAUCCUCCAGUUUUCUCAUGGAGUGUCCCCAACAUCACCAGCAAGGUCCAAAGCACCAUGACGACACCGGGCGUGUGGGAGACGACCUCCACAAUAACCUUCAUAGCUGCUGGAGGAGACGGAGUCAUGAGCCUUACCUGUACCGCCGUCUACUGGCUUGACAAGCAACGAGCCAGCACAGUCCAGCUGACUGUGAAAGGAUCAAGUUCUUGGCCAUUGAUCGCCGCAGUGUCAGCUAUAUCCCUGAUUGUAAUCAUCAUAGCUGCAGUGAUUGGAGUCGUCUUCUAUAGGAGAAGAAGGCGUCCCGACAACUCACUGACACCACCGCCUGGGCCUGAGAAAAGGAGAUCUCUAUGGGAUAGAGUAUCCAGGAGAAACCGUGAGAACAGGGAGAGACCUCCCAGGCCGGAAAAACGGGGGUCCAUUUGGAGAAGAUUUUCCCGAAACCAAGGCAACAAGGCGGACCUCAGUGUUGGCUAUUCAAAUAACAGCGAUGUGAGCUGGAACCCCAAACAAUGCUGUCCAUCCCCAAAGACCAACCGGAGACCUCCUCACUCUGACAGGCUUUUGGUUGACGAUACGUAUGCCAACUGUUGAGUCCUUCAAGACAUCUAGGAUCUAGGAAGCCGUAUGUUCUUCCAGGACUAUGUCGCUGUUUUUAUUUUAUAUUCAUAAACAUAUUUUGCAGUACAUAUAUCUUUUUUGUGUGUUGGGGGGCAGGGUUGGUCUUUCACUUUAACUUAAUUUACUUAAUUUAGAGAAAGUGUAUCUGCUGGCAAUUCACUGAAUUUGUACAUCAGGUAAAUAAUAACAAUAAAUACUAAUUUUGACUGAU